AUGUCUCGUCCUUUUUGUAAAUUUGCUUUGGAAGAUGACAUUAAUCUAUUCAAGGACUGCAAGUGGGCCAAAGAGUUUUGGUUUUUUAGACCUUUGAGUCUGAGAUCAAGAGAGGUGCAAACACAUAGCUUAUUGGAAUGGGUUCUGUUUGUGUUGGAGAAUAACAAUCAACAUCAACGAGAACUUUUCUUCAGGCUACUCUGGGCGUUGUGGACAAAGCAUAAUAAUGCAGUUUGGACAGGCAAUGUGUUUAAUCCUCUCAAUAUGGCCUAUUGGGCUUCGAAGCACUUGGAAGAUUAUAGGAAAGUGCACACUGGCAAAGAAAAAAAGAAGCAGCCAAAGACUCAGACUAGGUGGCAGCACCCUCCAAGUGGGAGGCUGAAAUUGAAUGUAGACGGCCCUUUCCAUGUGGACACAGGACAAGGAGGCAUUGGGGCAAUUAUCAGAGAUGAAAAUGGUAUGUUUUUAGCUGCUAUUGGACCUCCCUUUUCUUUUGUACGGUCUGCUUUUUCAUAUCGAAAUUGA